UUCAGCCCGCAGUUCGUGACCUCAUCCGAGAGUACCACGAUGUUUUCCCAUCGUCGUUCUCGUACGCCGGCAUCCCACCGAUGCGUGAUGUCGAGCACUCCAUUCAGCUUGUGCCUGACUAUCGUGUUCACCACCAGGCACCCUAUAGACUCUCGAUUCCCGAGGCCACCGAACUCAAGCGUCAGCUUGAGGAGCUCCUGAGACUGGGUUUCAUUAAACCCAGCAACUCCCCGUGGGUUGCACCCGUCCUCUUUGCUCACAAAGCGGAUGGAACUCUCUGUCUCUGCAUCGACUAUCGCGGUCUCAACUGCUACACAGUUAAGAACAGCUACCCCAUGCCUCGCUCCGAUGAGUUGUUCGACCGCCUAGAAGGCAACCGCUUCUUUACGAAGAUUGAUCUUCGUAGCGGUUACGAUCAGAUUCGCGUCGCUGCAGCCGACCAGCCGAAGACCGCGUUCCGAUCGCGCUUCGGCCACUACGAGUUUACGGUGAUGCCAUUCGGCCUCACCAACGCACCCGCCACCUUCCAGAGGGCGAUGAACGACAUCUUCAGGGACAUCCUGGAGCAAUACGUUCUCGUUUACCUCGACGAUAUCCUGGUCUACAGUCGUACCCUUGAGGAGCACCUCAGGCACCUUCGCAACAUCCUUGACCGCUUGCGCAGACAUGGCUUCUACGCCAAGCUCAGCAAGUGCUGCUUUGCCCAGCACAAAGUGAACUUCUUAGGACAUUACGUGUCAGACCAGGGUCUCCACAUGGACGACGCGAAGAUCACUGCUAUUGCGGAGUGGCCUGCUCCCACAUCCGCCAAGCAGCUUCGCAGCUUCCUAGGCCUGACCAACUACUGUAGCAACUUCAUCCGGGGAUACGCUAGGUAUUCCUAUGUCCUUACCUCCACCCUCCUCCGGAAGAACCCACCCUGGGCUUGGACACCCCUCCACGAGGACGCCUUCUGCGCCCUCAAGAAGGCGGUGACAUGUGCACCGGUUCUUCACCUACCCGAUUCUGAUCGCCCUUUUAUCCUUACCACCGAUGCGUCAGACUUUGCUGUAGGAGCAGUGCUUUCUCAGGUCUUCCCCUCCUCUCCUGAUUCCUCUCAUCCUCGUAUCCCUCGCUUCCCACCACCUACCCCUACCACUGCUUCCCGACUGACGCCUACUCGCCCAGCUACUGACGAGCCUUCUAUUGACUAUUCUCCUACCAUCGCCGAGGACGACACUGUCGAGWCUCRCUYAGGUGAUUGUCCGAUAGCCUUCUACUCCCGUCAGCUCCUGCCCRCCGAGAUAAACUACACUGCUGAUGAACGUGAGGUUCUCGCAGUAGUUUAUGCCGCUCGGCAYUGGCRUCACUACCUGUACGGGGCACCAUUCACGGUGCGCACGGACAACUCUGUUGUCCAGGCUUUUCUGACAAAGCCGAAGCUCACUCCUCGACAGGCUCGCUGGUGGCGCGACCUAUCCGAGUUUAGUUUCACCACUGAGCACAUCAAGGGUGAGACUAAUCGGGUCGCAGAUGCCCUCUCCCGGCGCCCUGACAACGACCAGGAGCACAUCAAGCUCUCUUCCAUCUCGGUCACCACCGUCCACCACUCGGUGACCGAUGAGUUUCGCACUCAGUACCGCCAUUGCCCCGACUAUCGCGACAUCCACGCGACCCUUCAGAGUGGCAAGACCGUCCCGAACUACUCUUUCGGGGACAACGGUCUUGUGUACURGCACGGUUCACAGGGCACCAGAGAGCCCCGUAUUUGCGUUCUCUCCACUGGACAGCUACGUGUCCGAGCAGUUGCAGAGUUCCAUGACCAGGCAGCUGCCGGUCAUAUGGGCUUCCACAAGACGUUGGCUCGUGUGAGCCGCCUGUACGUCUGGCCGAAGCGCAAGGACUUUGUGAAGGACUACGUCGCAGAGUGUCCCACCUGUCAGGAGGUGAACAGUGCGAACCACCUACCUUAUGGUUUGCUCCAGCCUCUUCCUAUCCCUGAGGGUCGUUGGCAGUCCAUGUCGAUGGACUUUAUCGGUCCUCUUCGUCCUCCGACCCCUCGCGGUCAUGAUGCUAUCCUGGUCGUCGUCGACCACUUCACGAAGCGUGCACGCUUUGUUCCGUGCCGCUAUGCCAUCAGUGCACGUGAGGUCGUCGACAUCGUGUUUGACUGAGUCGUGCGUGGUCACGGCUUACCUCUGAGCAUCAUAUCUGACCGUGACCCGCGCUUUACAAGCCGA